AAAUCCAAAACGCAUUUCCCAUUUCUCGCAUUUUCCCCAAAGCAGAAUGAUUCUCCGUGAAACGAAACCUAUAAAUAGCUCAAUAUGGCGCGAAAUUCAUUUCAAAUGCUCAGUUCUCUCUGAACUGAGAGAAGAAAGGUUAGAGAGGGAGACAGAGAAUAGAGAGAAAGAGAGGAAAGAAAGGGAGAAAUCAUUGAUUUCAGAGAUUCUUCAUCAGCCGUAGCUGCCGUCAUUCUAGGUCGCCGUAACCCAGUUCUGGUCGAGAGCUUCAAUCGGCGAUUAUCCGACACUUCAAAAUGCAGAAAUUAGGGUUUUUCGGCAUGAAAAGCUUAGAUCAAUUCAAAACCUUAACAGGAUCUGCUUCAGGAACAGGAACUGCGAGAACAUUGCAAAUUUCUUCGCGCUCAUCUACCGAUUCAAUUACAUCAGGAAAUUUCGCGAGCUUGAAGCUCACAGCUGAGAAAUUGGUGAAGGAACAAGCAUCUGUGAGAACCGACCUCGAUAUUGCGAAUUCGAAGUUGAAGAAAUCUCUGGAGCAUAUUCAUGCGCUGGAAGAGAAGCUACAAGCAGCUUGCAAUGAGAAUGCGAAGCUAAAAGUGAAGCAGAAAGAAGAUGAAAAGCUAUGGAAAGGUCUUGAAUCGAAGUUCUCUUCAACGAAAACCUUAUGCGAUCAACUCACUGAAACCUUGCAGGUCUUGGCUUCCCAAGUCCAGGACGCGGAGAAGGAUAAACAGUUGAUUGGAGAAAAAUUAACUGCGAAUUCGGCUGCAUUGGAUACUCUAAAUGAUCAAAUGAAGAGUUUAUCCCUUAAAUUGGAGUCAGCAGAAGAAAAUGUUAGAGAACGUGACCAGGCAUUUAAGGAACUCAAAGAGCAGAAAGAGGGACAAGAGGUGCUUUAUGAUGAUGAACGAUCCAAAACUAGCAAGCAUAUGGAGGAAAAAGAUGCUUUGAUCAAAUGCCUUGAAGCGGACCUAACCACUAGCAGAUUGACUGGUGAAAGUUUGAAGUCAAAAUUUGAUGAUGCGAGUAUGCAACUGAAAUUGAAAGAAGAGGAUCUUACCCGACUGAGAGUUUCUCUUGAAAAUUUGGAGAGGGAGAAAAUCGAUCUUCAAUCUAGCAAUGAUGACUUUUCCAAGAGAUUAGCAGCAUCAGUGCAAGAGACUCAAAAUCUUAAGGAUGUGGUUAAUGCUUUUGCUUCAAAACUGGUUGAAAUGGAUGAGCACAGUUUGGGUGUUUCAAACAAGAUUUCUGAGCUCUGCUCUGCCUAUGAUGCUUGUUCUAAGUUGGCGGAACAGGAAAGGGAUCUCACUGCCAAGCGUGCUCAGCGGAAGUAUGAUCUUCUGCAUCAUCAGCACGUGCAGUUAAAAUCAGAAAAGGAUGAACUUCAAUCAGUUAAUCAUGGAUUAAAGGAUAAGAUAGACGAGCUUCACAGAGCACAAGAGUCUGCAAUGGUGCAGCAUGCUGAAGAAUGUCACUCAACAGAAGAGAGGAUUAGGAAGUUAGAGUCUGAAAUAGAGGCUCUUUUUUCUAAGAAAACUGAAGCAGAAAAGUCUGUUGCCGAGUUGGAGGAGCAAGUUCGUAAUCUUUCAGAGAGCUUAGGGUCAUCUGAGAAUGAAAAGAACGAUCUGUUGAUCAAACUGUCGAAGCUAGAGUUGGAAAAGAAGGAGAACAUUGAGAAGCAGCAGGGAGAUAUACAGAAAAAGGAGGAAGAAAUUGAUGGUUUUCAUAAGGAGGUUUUGAAAAUCAAUCAGCAGGUGACAUCUUUGGAGGAGCAACUGAACAAGCUUCAGUCUGUUGUGGAGGAGAAGGAACAACUAAUCUCGCAAUACAAGGACAAAGAGAAGCAACUAGACAACCAAAACGCAGAGAUUCAGUCACAAUUAGUCACUGCAGAAGGAAAGCUUGGAGAAGCUAAGAAGCAGUACGAUGCUAUGCUUGAAUCUAAACAGUCAGAGCUCUCAAGGCAUUUGAAGGAAAUCUCUCAGAGGAAUGAUCAGGCAAUUAAUGACAUCAGGAAGAAGUAUGAAGUGGAGAAGCAAGAGAUUGUUAAUCUUGAGAAAGAGAAGGCAGACAUGACUGUUGCAGAGAUGGAAAGGGUGUGUGAGAAAAGACUUGAGAAGUGCAGUGAAGAAUCAAAGCAGAAUUUGGCUCGCAUCCAAGAAGAACAUAUCGCUCUGGUUGAUCGCAUGCAGAAGGAGCAUGAAAGAAAAGAAUCGAAUCUUAAAUCUGAUCACCUUGAAGAAAUGAAAAGUAUCCAGCUACAGGCUGAGGAUAAACUGAGAGAGAAAACAAUGACGCUUAGGACUGAGCAUGAAUCCCGGAUAAGAGCCUUAAGAUUGCAGCAUGAAGAUGAAUGUAAACAAAUUCAGCAGGAGCUGGAUCUUCAGAAAUCUAAAGAAGAAAGGCAAAGGGCUUUGUUACAGCUACAGUGGAAAGUGAUGAGCGACAUACCCCAAGAGGAUCAGGAAGUAAACUCGAAGAAGGAAUACUCCGUUUCAUCAGUCAAAAAGAGAGACACAAAUGGCACGAAAAAAAGCAUGCCUCCUCCGGAACCGCGUCACCAAAAUACAGUGCUGUCUCCAGUAUCAAGCUUGCUAAGGAAAGUAGAGAAAGGAAACGCUGGAAAUAUGGACAUGUCUAAGGAUGGGAGAAAGGCAACUCAUCGAGAAUUCGAUGAGGAAACAACUGGAGGAACCGUGACCAAAAGAAGAAAGACCAAGAACACUGUUAUGUUUGCGGAUCCAAGAAAACAUAAGAAGGUUGUUACUCCAAAAGCCAAUACUCCUAAAAGCUCCAUCAAGGCAACUAGAACAAUGGGUCUCUCUCAGCCUACCAAUAUUGGUGAUUUGUUUUCUGAAGGGUCUCUGAAUCCAUAUGCUGAUGGAGACGAUCCCUAUGCAUUUGAUUAAAGAUGACAACAGGUAGCGCGUUCCUUUCUUGUACAGGCCAACAAAUAUACAGCAGUUCAACUGGUUGCAGAGUUCCAGAAUGAUUCAGCUAAUGCAGUAUAUUCUCAUGUCCAGCUUUUAACUUCAGGAUCAAGUGUAAAUUCUUUUUGCAUAUUACAGGUCCGAAUUUAAAAAUUAGAACCAUGUCAAAAUAGUGUCAAUGUUGUAAGAUUUGACACUCAUUGUUUCACUGCUAAGUGAUACAAUCAACAUCAAGGAUAAGAUGAUAAUUGAGGAAGUGUGCAACUUUGUUUUGCCUCCUGAUUGAUUGAUUUCUGCUUUUGUCUUGAGAUUAGAUUCUUCAAGUACA